AUGGAGGAUGAUUAUGUAAAGGACGAAGUGAUUUACGAUGGGUCAAUAUCGCUCCCGAAAAAGGCUAAUAAAUCACAAUCCUCUUCAAAAGCUUAUCCAUUGAAUCUUAAAGGAAAGUACAUAACUCUCAACCUGAUAAUUAAAAUCUAUUGCGACCCUGAUUAUUUAAUACCAGAUUGCGCAAAAUACUGUGUGCCACGUAAUGACAGCAAAGGUCACUUUGCAUGUGACUAUGAACAUGGGAGAAAAGUAUGCCUCCCUGGUUGGUUUGGUGUCGAUACAGAUUGCACAAAAUAUUGCCUGUCUCAAAAUAAUGAACAAAGUCAUUACAACUGCUCAGAAACAGGAGAAAAACUCUGUUUAAACAAUUGGUAUGGUGAUAAUUGUACAGUUUAUUGCGACGAGCUCAGCAAUCAGACCUUUUAUUGUAACAAGACAACCGGACGAAAGAUCUGUCAGCCAAACUGGUUCGGAAUAAACUGUUCAACUUACUGCAAAACUCACAAUGAUUCUACUGGAUAUUUUCAUUGUAAUAUCACAUCUGGUUUGAAGGUCUGCAAUCCUCACUGGUAUGGAUCCAAUUGCACAAAAUAUUGUAGAGAACAAAAUGAAACGAACGGACAUUAUUUUUGCCAAAAGCCACACGGCUUUAAGAUCUGUCAUCCAGGAUGGUAUGGAAUUUUCUGCACAGUAUCUUGUAAACAGGAAAAUGAUUCGAAUGCAUAUUAUUCCUGUAACAAAACAUCUGGGUUAAAAGUUUGUUACCAACAUUGGUAUGGAGCAAACUGUAAUGUAUAUUGCAAAGAACAAAGUCAUUCUAGUGGUCAUUAUUUAUGUAAUAAUGUAACAGGAGGGAAGAUCUGUCAAAAAUAUUGGUAUGGACUAAAUUGUGAUGUAUAUUGCAAAGAACAAAGUAAUUCUAAUGGACAUUAUUUUUGUAAUAAUGUAACAGGAAGGAAGAUUUGUCAUCAAUGUUGGUAUGGGCCAAACUGUGAUGUAUACUGCAAAGAGCAAUUCAGUGGUCAUUAUUUGUGCAAUAAUGUAACAGGAGGGAAGAUCUGUCAACGAUAUUGGUAUGGACCAAACUGCGAUGUAUAUUGCAAAGAGCAAAGCAGUGGACAUUAUUUAUGUAAUAAUGUAACAGGAGGGAAGAUCUGUCAACGAUAUUGGUAUGGACCAAACUGCGAUGUAUAUUGCAAAGAGCAAAGCAGUGGACAUUAUUUAUGUAAUAAUGUAACAGGUGGAAAGAUCUGUCACCAAUAUUGGUAUGGACCAAACUGCGAUGAUUAUUGCAAAGAACAAAGCAGUGGACAUUAUUUAUGUAAUACUGUAACAGGAGGGAAGAUCUGUCAACAACAUUGGUAUGGACCAAACUGUGAUGUAUACUGCAAAGAGCAAAGUAGUGGACAUUAUUCGUGUAAUAAUGAAACAGGUGGAAAGAUGUGUCAACAACAUCGGUAUGGACCAAAUUGUGGUGUAUAUUGCAAAGAACAAAGUAAUUCUAAUGGACAUUAUUUAUGUAGUAAUGUAACAGGAGGGAAGAUUUGUCAUCAAUAUUGGUAUGGGCCAAACUGUGAUGUAUACUGCAAAGAGCAAUUCAGUGGUCAUUAUUUAUGUAAUAAUGUAACAGGAGGGAAGAUCUGUCAACAAUAUUGGUAUGGAAUAAAAUGUGAUGUAUAUUGCAAAGAACAAAGCAAUUCUAGUGGAAACUAUUUAUGUAAUAAUGUAACAGGUGGAAAGAUCUGUCACCAAUAUUGGUAUGGACCAAACUGCGAUGAAUAUUGCAAAGAACAAAGUAAUUCCAGUGGUCAUUAUUUAUGUAAUAACGUCACAGGAGGGAAGAUCUGUCAACGAUAUUGGCAUGGACCAAACUGCGAUGAAUAUUGCAAAGAACAAAGUAAUUCCAGUGGUCAUUAUUUAUGUAAUAAUGUAACAGGAGGGAAGAUAUGUCAUCAAUAUUGGUAUGGAAUAAACUGUUAUGUAUAUUGCAAAGAACAAAGCAAUUCUAGUGGAAAUUAUUUAUGUAACAAUGUAACAGGAAGGAAGAUCUGUCAACAGGAUUGGUAUGGACCAAAUUGUGUUGCAUAUUGCAAAGAACAAAGUAAUUCUAGUGGGCAUUAUUUAUGUAAUAAUGUAACAGGUGAAACGAUCUGUCAACAAUGUUGGCAUGGACCAAACUGUGAUGUAUAUUGCAAAGAACAUAGCAGUGGACAUUAUUUUUGCAAUAAUGUAACAGGUGGAAAGAUCUGUCACCAAUAUUGGUAUGGACCAAACUGCGAUGAUUAUUGCAAAGAACAAAGCAGUGGACAUUAUUUAUGUAAUAAUGUAACUGGCAGGAAGAUCUGUCAUCAAUAUUGGUAUGGACCAAACUGUGAUGCAUACUGCAAAGAACAAAGCAAUUCGAGUGGAAAAUAUUUAUGUAAUAAUGUAACAGGAGGAAAGAUCUGUCAACAAUAUUGGUAUGGACCAAAUUGUGAUGUAUAUUGCAAAAAACAAAGUAAUUCUAGUGGACAUUAUUCUUGUUACAAUAAUGGUUCAAAAGUGUGUCGACCAAAUUGGUUUGGAAAGAAUUGCAGUAAUUUUUGUAAGGAGGAAAACACUGGACAUUAUGAUUGUAACAAAACAACAGGUUUUAAGAUUUGUCACAAAAACUGGUAUGGAUCAAACUGUGAUAUAUAUUGUAAUGAUGUUGGGAGAAAUUAUAUUUGCAAUAUAAGCACAGGGGAAAAGACUUGUUGGUCACAUUGGUAUGGGAAUAACUGUUCAAAGUAUUGUAACGAGAAAGAUGAUGGCAUGGGACAUUAUUUGUGCAGUACAACAACUGGCUCAAAGAUGUGUCUAAUGCAUUGGUAUGGAAUAAAUUGCACAAAUUAUUGUAAGAAGAAGAAUAAUACAAAUGGACAUUAUUCUUGCCAAAAGCCAGACGGAUUGAGAAUUUGUCAUCCCGGAUGGUAUGGACUUAACUGUACAACGUAUUGCAAAGCGAAAAAUGAUGGCAUGGGACAUUAUUUAUGCCAUAACACUACCGGCUUAAAGAUUUGUAGAGAACAUUGGUACGGAGUCAAUUGCACAAAAUAUUGUAGAAAGCAGAAUGAUACGAAUGGACAUUAUUUUUGCCAUAAGCCUAACGGGUUGAAGCUUUGUUAUCCAGGAUGGUAUGGAAUUAACUGCACAGUAUAUUGCAAAGAACAAAGUGGUGCUAAUGGGCAUUAUUCCUGCAAUAAAAGAACUGGUGUUAGGGUAUGUUACCGAUAUUGGUAUGGAUAUGACUGCACGGUCUAUUGCAAGGAAGAAUCUAACGUUACCGACACUUAUUUUUGUAAUAAAAAAACUGGUAUGAAAAUCUGUCAUUCUAACUGGUUUGGACCAAGCUGCACGACAUUCUGCAAAAAUACUGAUGACGAUUCAGGUCAUUAUUUCUGCAACGAAACAUCUGGUUCGAAGAUUUGCCGUGCACGUUGGUAUGGAAAUAAUUGUGAUAAACACUGCAAGGAGGAUAUUUUUCAAAACUCAUGCAAAAAUAUCGAAGGUAUAUACAGUUCUAGUUUAUUUUCGAUAAAUUCUCUAUUAGGUCACUGUGGACUUUUUUAUUCCAUGCAUGUUUGAAUGGAUGUGGGCUUAUUGGAGAGAGGAAAAUUUAGUGGAGAGGGGGGUUUAAUAGACAGUAAGGGCUGGUUGAGAAAGGUGGUUAAUUGAUUUAGACAAGACGGUUCUACAUCAUCAAGUAUAUAUUAUAUGAGAAUCGCCUAAGACGGUAAACUCCGUAUUCAAAUUACAUGGUACACACGUAAAAAUCUCACAUGUAUAUAGGAAGCAUGUCAACAAGUUGUAGCAAAGUUGUCAUUUUAUCAAGUUGCCUCAAGGUUGUGAUUCACAACUUGUUGGAUUGCAUGCGGGAUGAUAACAACUUGUAACAUGGAACAACUUGUAACACGGCUAUUGAGUCAACAACCUUGUAGCAUGUUGUGAACUGCAUGGAUUGCACUCAGCGAAUUAAGUUGUGUAUCAUACAUAAAUUAUACAAUGGGCUAAUUAUUUGCAUUUAGUUAACUCUGCCUGGCAAAACAGGACAAAUGUUUGCUAAUUUCUCUUCCAAUUUUAUCAAAAUUUAACUAAAAUCAUAAAAUGUAAUCAAUGUGUCUUUGGGCAAUGACCAUUAGUCCUUCAAAUGGACUAAUUUUUGUGUUAAUACAUUUGAUAUUUUGUAAGUUAUUGUUACUUACAUUUGUUAUUUUAUACAUUCACACACACAUUGAUACAAACGCGGUUAAAAACGUGAUCUCCUGGCGGAGUUAACUGGCCGUUGACAACUUGUCAACAAGCUGGGAACAAGCAGUGCGUUCACAUCCUGAAAACAAGUUGUUGAAACAUUGCUACACUUUUGCUGCUAACAAGUUAUGUGUUUUACGUGUGUACUGUGUAUUGUAAACAUUUGAUGUUUUUUAUCAUUUCAACGUCACGUAUUAUUAGUUCAAUUGCCAUUAUUGUGAAUAUGGCUUUCCGACAUCAUCGACCAAAAACUUGUCCAUUCGUCUUGUGCAAUUUUGAUACUUUUCAGAAAAUCAACUUUGGAUGUUUGUGUGAAGUGUAGCCUAUAUCUUGUGUCUUAUAUAAAUAUAGCAAAUUAUUAUCGUAUCGUCUUUUAAAGAAACAAGUGGUGACGAUUCCAGCGGAGUAAAGAUCAAUUCCAUGUGGUUUAUAAUUGGAGGUGCAGUUAUCGUGUUAUUGCUUAUUUCCAGUGUCAUUUUCGUGAUCAG